AUGUUGGCCCUUCGCCAUAUCUGGAUUAUUGUCACAGACGUUGCCCACUCUUUAUUCGGCUCUCCAUUCUUUGGUGAUGGAGCCCAAUACCAUUUCGGAGGCAGCGUCAGCUUAGUCAAUACCGACGCCUUGAGCAAGCAUGAGCGCCCCAUAUUUACCCCCCCUGGCAGCAACAUUGACAACUUCGUCUGUAACUACACUCGUAUGGCCGGCUUCAGAUCAUGUGGCACGCCGGAUGACCGAAGCUGCUGGCUUCGAAACAAGGAUACAGGAGAAGAGUAUAACAUUAGCACGGACUACGAGACUAAGAUGCCACAGGGCAUCACUCGUCGCUACCAUAUCAAUGUCACCGACGGAUACAUCAAUGCUAACGGCUUGGAUUUCUACCAAGCCAAAAUCUUCAACAAUACCUGGCCAGGGCCUCUUAUUGAAGCGUGUUGGGGAGACGAGGUUGAGAUCCAUGUGCACAAUAAACUGAAUCACAACGGAACCAGUAUUCACUGGCACGGCAUCCGGCAGAAUCAGACAAUGCACAUGGACGGUGUCAAUGGCAUCACACAAUGCCCCAUUGCCCCGCAGUCCCAUUUCAUCUACAAAUGGAACGCAACGCAGUACGGCACCUCGUGGUAUCACAGCCACUACUCAGUGCAGUACGCAGAUGGGCUACAAGCGCCCAUAACAAUCCACGGACCAACGUCUUUCCCAUAUGACAAGGCUAUUGAGCCAAUCACCGUCACUGAUUGGGCAAAUACCAGUGCAUUUGAAAACCUUUAUCAAAAACCGGCCCAAGAAGAUAUCCUUUUGGGCGGGUUAGGAAACAUAAAUCGAUUUACGGGUAAAAAUGCGAACACAACCGAGAUCCCUCGAGGCUAUGAGAUCUGGUUCGACGACGUCGAGCCCAACCCCGUCACACGGGCCAAGCGCUAUCUUUUGCGUCUCGUCAACACGGCUUUUGACACUACCUUCGUAUUCUCCAUUGACAACCACAAUUUCACUGUUGUUGAGGCCGACUUCGUUCCGGUCAAACCGUUCAAUGCAACUUCGAUUCUCAUAGCCAUCGGCCAGAGGUAUCAUGUGAUCGUUGAGGCCACACCGGUAGUCAAUAGCUCGAAUCCCUCCGCCAACCCAUUGCCUAGUGAUGGCAACUAUUGGAUCCGAACAUGGAUUGCAAAUGGCUGUGGCCCUAAAAACCGCGACGAAGAGACUUACAUGAAAACGGGUAUCCUCCGAUACGAUAACACCAGCACCGCCAAUCCCAAUACCAAGGCUUGGGAUGUGAAUCUCGAAUGCUCUGACACUGUUUUCAAUGAUUUCCUCGAGCCUGUUGUUCCUUGGACAGUCGGAGAUCCUUCAAAUGGCAAGAUUGGAGAACAGUUCAACGUUGACAACCUAACUAGCCCUGGCUCCGGUCCAUACGCAACGUCUUUCUUCUCUUUUGAGAGGCCGGGCAGUAAGGAAGUGAGACCGUUCCAAACUUCGUACGGUAAUCCGACUUUCCUGAACUUGGAUAACGUCGGAGACGAAUGGCCGAACGGGUGGGUUGUCGUUCCGGAAAACUACACCGCCACAGACUGGAUCCAUCUUCACGGUCACGAUUUCGCCAUUGUUCAGCAAGAAAACAAUAAAGUUUGGAACCCCAAAGACCCGAACAUCUUCAGACCCAACAAGAACAACCCGCCGCGCCGCGAUGUCGUGCUUCUUCCGGAGAACGGCUUUGCUGUCAUAGCCUUCAAAACAGACAACCCUGGCGUGUGGUUGAUGCACUGCCACAUCGCCGACCAUGCGUCCACGGGACUAUCGUUGCAGAUCAUGGAACGACAGACCGCGGCGAAUGACAUCUGGCCGCCCGGGAAUUCCAGUGCUCUGGACAAGGCGCAUACCCUCUGCGCAAGUUGGAAUAGUUGGGCCUACGACUGCAAGAACUACUGGCCUGGCAACGUGGGCAAUGGGAGCCAUCCUAAAUAUCCUUCUUGUGAAGAUGCGGCUAAUCUUCAGAACGAUUCCGGUGUUUAG